UGGAGUAAACAAAGCAUGAGCAUCCGUGUGUUCUUUGGCAGUUUCCAUUGGCUCUUUUGAGUGUAUGUCUUCGGCGCGGGAUGCUGCUUUACAGGCGAGGAAGCUCUGCUCCGUUCUGAGGAAUUUAAUCCGCAAAACCGCAGCUAUUAAUUAACGAAUGUUUUAUCUUCCCAGACUUUGUUAAACCGCAGAGAGACAAAACGAUAGGAGGCCAAAACCAAAAGGAGAGUGAGGAUUGUCUUUCUUCUACUUAAAGCUCUCUCCUUUACUGAUCUCUUACCAUUCCUGGGUUUCACUGGAAUGGUGGUGAGAGGAUAAAGUUUCAGUGGAGGAGAGGAUAUUGGGGCUUUUGGCUGAUCUGGGCUGUUGAGCUUUGUUGGGUACGAUUUUAUUCCUUUAACCGGAUAAAGGUUGGAUUUUGCAUCUGGGUUCUGGUUAUUGGGAGGUCUGUAGAUGGAGUUUGGUUGGAAAGAUGGCUCCUUUGUUUGCUAUCCUUGCUGAGAGUGAUGAUUUCUCUUGGAUUAAAGAAGAAGUUUCUCUGUUGCUUCUUCCGCAAGUUUAUUAGCAGGUGCGGGUUUUUCUUCCGGAUUCCAUUUCAGUAAUCUGCAGCUUUUGAAGGAUUACUUUGAGAGUUGGAAGUUUAGUUAAGUGAGUAUGAAAGAAAGCAAGAUUUUCCGGGGCUUUUGUUCGUACUGGGCGCUAAGCUUUGUUCCACUGGUGCUUUGUUUGAAUGUGGCUUAUUCCUCUCUUUCGCCUUCUGGUAUAAACUAUGAAGUUGUUGCAUUGAUGGCUAUAAAGAUGGAGCUAAAAGACCCAUAUAAUGUUCUGGAGAAUUGGGACACAAACUCGGUGGAUCCAUGUAGCUGGAGGAUGGUCACCUGCUCCCCUGAUGGAUAUGUCUCUGCUCUGGGCCUUCCCAGUCAAAGCUUGUCUGGCACUUUAUCGCAUGGGAUUGGUAAUUUAACAAAUCUGCAAUCUGUGCUGCUGCAGAAUAAUGCAAUUUCAGGAGCUAUUCCUUCUGUUUUUGGAGCUGUUUUUGGAAAGCUGAAUAAACUUCAGACGCUGGACCUCUCCAAUAACCAGUUCAAUGGAAACAUACCGGAUUCCUUGGGAGAACUGAAUAAUCUGAAUUACCUGCGGCUGAACAACAACAGCCUGUCUGGACCCUGCCCGGAUUCAUUGUCGAACCUCAAAGGGCUCACUUUGCUGGAUAUUUCAUUCAACAAUCUGAGCGGUCCUUUACCAAAAUUUUCAGCAAGGACAUUUAGCAUUGUUGGAAAUCCUUUAAUAUGCGGGAAUAACUCGAGCAACUGUUCUUCUGUGUCUUUGGAUCAAAUUUCGUAUCCUCCAAAUGAUCUAAAUGGCAUCUUGGAUUUCUCAGCUCAAUCACAGCAUGGAGGGGUGAGAAGCCGACAAAUAAUCGUUGCAUUCGCCGCAAGCAUUGGAUCUCUCUUGAUCGUAGUUAUUGUGGUUGCGAUGUUUCUAUGGUGGCAUUCUCACUACAAUCAACAAAUUUUCUUCGACUUGAAUGAGCAUUAUGAUCCAGAAUCACACAUUGGUCAUUUGAAGCGGUUCUCAUUCAAGGAGCUUCGCUUAGCCACUAAUAAUUUCCAUUCGAGAAAUGUGUUGGGAAAAGGUGGGUAUGGAAUUGUAUACAAAGGAUAUCUGCGUGAUGGAACCGUCAUUGCAGUUAAAAGACUGAAAGACUAUAAUGCUGUUGGUGGUGAAAUCCAAUUUCAAACUGAAGUUGAAAUGAUCAGCUUAGCUCUCCAUCGCAAUCUCCUUAGGCUUUAUGGAUCAUGUGCAACUGAACAUGAGAGAUUGCUUGUCUACCCUUUUAUGCCCAAUGGAAGUGUUGCUUCUAAAUUAAGAGAACAUAUUCAUGGAAGGCCAAUCUUAGACUGGUCAAGAAGGAAAAGAAUAGCGCUGGGAACUGCAAGAGGAUUGCUCUAUUUGCAUGAGCAAUGUGACCCUAAAAUAAUUCACCGCGACGUAAAAGCGGCCAACAUUCUUCUCGAUGAGGAUUUCGAGGCGAUCGUCGGCGACUUCGGGCUGGCUAAGCUUCUCGAUCACCAGGAGUCGCACGUUACCACGGCGGUGCGAGGCACCGUCGGUCACAUAGCUCCCGAAUACUUGUCUACAGGCCAAUCAUCAGAAAAAACCGAUGUAUUCGGCUUCGGCAUUCUGCUUCUCGAAUUGAUUACUGGACUAAAAGCCAUAGAAUUUGGACGAGCGGGAGCUCAGAAAGGAGUGAUGCUUCAUUGGGUGAAGAAACUCCAGCAGGAGAAACUACUGAGCAUGAUGGUGGACAAGGAUUUGAGGAACAAUUAUGACGAGGUUGAGCUUGAGGAGAUGGUUCAGGUGGCUCUGCUUUGCACGCAAAGCCAACCGGUCCACCGGCCGAAGAUGUCGGAGGUAGUGCGGAUGCUUGAAGGGGAUGGACUUGCUGAGAGAUGGGAGGCUUCGCAGAAGCUCGACACACCGAAGUUUCGCUCCGGCGAACAACCGGAGCCGAAGUACAUGAACAUGAGCUUUGUGGAGUCAUCGUCGGUUGACAUCGAAGCUAUCGAGCUCUCGGGUCCGAGAUGACGAUUGUAUAGGGUUUUAUAGCUUUUAGUUAUAUACAUUUUGGCUACGUGGCACCCCCUCAUUGGAGUACUGAUGCAUCAGUACUCCUGAGGUAAUAUUUUUUCGGAGAUUUGAUGCUCUGGUUGCUCCCGUUUGGUAGCAGAAAAAUUACAGCCUUAGGGCAGAGAGGUUAUUCAGAAUAUAUUGAGGGUUAUGUCUGCAUUAUACCCCUGUAACUUCUUAUAAACUAUUUAUAACCUACAAAUAUAUGAAAAUAGAAGCGUGGAACUCACUAAAAAGUACAAAUAGAUUAUAUGGAGAUUACAGGGGUAUAACACAGAUAUAAUCCUUCAAUACCUUCUGAAUAACCUCUCUGAUGUACGCAAUGCUGCAUAUGUCUUACGUACGCAAAUUUUUCUCAUUUGGUGGGGGAAGAUUAUAGGAACUGCUGCCUUGUAUAAAAGGAAUGUGAUAAGGAAUGAAUUUUGACAAUUAGC